UACCGCGACCAUAAACAUCUUUGACACAGUCUCUUUCCAAAACCAUAAUCUCUAGUGUUCCAGAAAGAGAAAGAGAAACUCAAAAUCCAAAAUGCCGAUGAAGCAGUUGGACGCCACAGUAUCAAACUUUGACACUGUGUUUGAGAAGUUCAGAUCAGAAGCACCCAAUAACAAAGCCAAUCUCAUUCUCUUCUUGGCUGACAAAGACCCUUCUACCUCUCUCAGCUGGUGCCCUGAUUGUGUUAGAGCUGAACCUGUAAUCUACAAGAAGCUGGAGACAGGAGCAGAUGAUGUGGCACUCUUGAGAGCUUUUGUUGGAGAUAGACCAACAUGGCGGAAUCCCCAGCAUCCAUGGAGAGUAGACUCAAGGUUUAAGCUGACAGGAGUUCCAACACUCAUCCGCUGGGAAAAUGAUACUAUCCAAGGUCGUCUUGAAGACCAUGAAGCACACCUUGAAAACAAAAUUGAUGCCCUCGUUGCUGGCAAAUGAAUGUUUUCUGCUGCUCAUAUGUAAGAUGGCUCUCAAUUCCAUUUGUUUCUCAGACUAUCUUUUUUAAACAAUUGGUACUUUAAUCUGUAUCCUCCUACGGCCAAUUAAUAGUGUCGUAAGUCAUAACUUAGCAACCAAGGAAAUAAAGUUUUAAUCUUUCUAGUGUUA